UUUGUGACCAGCUGAUCACUGGUGCCAAAGAGAAGAAUUUGGUUGUGAAAGGUCCAAUUCGUAUGCCAACAAAAAUUCUACGCAUUACCACACGUAAAACGCCAUGUGGUGAAGGCUCGAAAACUUGGGAUCGCUAUCAGAUGCGUAUCCAUAAACGUUUGAUCAAUAUGCACAGUCCGAGUGAUGUGUUGAAGCAGAUUACAAGCAUUUCGAUCGAACCAGGCGUUGAUGUU